AUGGUCAUGAUUUGGUUCCAACCAGGCUCUAGAGCCCCAGUUGUGCUUCUCUUCUUCCUCUUCAGUCAUAUAUUUGAGCCCACAAGCAGCAUCCCUGUGACUGAACACGAAGUGGCCAAUCAAUAUGAACCCUCUUCUCCUGAACUUACACAAGAGCAGUUUCAGUUCACCCAAAUUGGAGAUGUUCUGCCAGGGACACCGAAUGAAGAGGAGGAUGAACUUUUUAAAGAUAUCGACCCAAAAACCCUAGCAGCAGUCCUCCUAGAAGCCCUCAAUAAGCCUCAGGAGGUACUGAGUGAACAAGAGAAGAAUGGAGGUGAGAAGGACAAGGAAGAAGGGGACAGCAAGACCCAGAGUUUUAACAGAGAGAGAAAUAGAGAUCAGGAGCUUGAACUGGUGCUGACAGCUGCUGAAGCACAGGGCAGAGAAGAGAGAGAAAAAGAACAGGAUGAGGCAAGGAAGAGAGAGGAAGAGGAAGAAGAAGAACGCCUCACAGAAAAGGUGACCAGUCACAUCACCAGUCAAACAGUCCCUACAAAAGAACAGGACGUAGUUCCAAAGAAGGUGGUACACAAAGAAGGGCACCAAGAAACAGAUGGACCCAGAGAUGGGGACAAGGAUGAGCAGCUGAGUCCAGAAGAGUUAAAGAACCUGGAAAGCAUGUUAGAGGAGUUUCAGAGCUACAAUACAGCCAUGAAAAGAGAACAUGAUUCCUCAUCUGUUCAGAGAGAGAAUCGUGGUGAUUACUUUGAUUACCUGGAUCGUAAUGGCCUCAUGAACAAUGAGAUCAAGCCCAAACCUAAGGGUUAUGACUUGGCUCUGUCUAAGAAGAAGCUUAAGUGGCAGCAAGAGCAAGAAAAGAACAAGAAUCAGCCAUUGUAUAAGGGAGGAAACUUCAUGGAUGAUUUUAAUGAUAAUAUUGAAGACCAAGAGGAGGAAAAUGGAGAGGAUGAAGAAGAACUGCUGAGUCCAGAAGAGGAAGAAGCUAGGGCUAAAGCUGAGCAGGAAGAGGUCCGUAGACAAGCAGCUGAGGCUCAGAGAGCCAAGGCAGAGGAAGAGAAGCUUGCAGAUAUUGCAUCAGACAUGAUCUUGCAAUACAUGGUCAAACAAGAUGGGAAGAAGUACCGGGACAAUAACGCUGCAGAAGACAAACGCUCAGAGGAAGAUGAUGCCAAUGAUAAUGAUGAUGAUGAUAUUGACCCACAAACUAUUGACAAGUUGAUAGAAAUCUCCAGUAAGCUGCACUUGCCUGCUGAUGAUGUGGUAGAUAUAAUCAGUGAUGUGGAAAAGAAGAAAAAAAAAGAUGCUCCUGAAACUCUGCAAUGGCAACGACCUCUUGUACCUCCUACAGCACAUAAUGUCCCAUCUCCAGUCUUAAGAACAUCACCACCCUCAAAACCACCCAAGCCUAAUGCAAAUAUGCUGAAAUCAUGGUUCAAGGACAAGGCUCUUAAGCCAAGUCAACAGGAUUUUUGGAUCAAGCAACAGUGGCCCUUUUGGACCUACCCCUCCUAUCAGCACUAUCAAAAACCCUACAGUAGUUAUUACACCAUUUAUAUCCCACCUCCCAAGUCUAAACCACGCUACUAUGCCAAACCAUCCUACUCCCUUAAUGACAUACUGGGGAAUUCAUUGGCCUAUGAGUUUGAUUACCCUCUCAAACAAAGGUAUCAUCCCUGGAUACAAAGUCGUCCAAGGGCUCCUCUGGCCUUCCGGCGGAACCUGUACUUCCCUAACUACAUUGUCCCUCAUCCCCGGACUUUCAAUGCCAUACCUAUGCCUAAACCCCGGUCAUCCCUUCGUCAUCGGCCUGCUUUCUAUUACUCACCCACAGCUUCUGUAGUUGCCCCACAGGGUGGCUAUUACAGCCAGGUGGAGCAGCCACAGCCAGACAGCAAUGAGGAGCUAGGGAACUUUAUUGAGAAGGUUUUCCUGAAACAUCCCCAGAUGUUUUAG